AUGAAGAGAGUUGAUGAUCAACUCAAGCGUUUGCAGGGAGAGAAGAGGUCGUUUGAUAUUCUAUCUCUAGCCGUGGAGAGAAUGGUUAAACCUGUUACCUUUUAUGGGGAAAAAGGAGAAUCAUCCACCGAAGCUCAUCAUGCUAGUGGGAAGGAUAGCAAGGGAGAGAUAGAAAGGAUAACGAUGAGCUCAGGCAAACGACAGAAGAUGAUUCAUGGGUGCGAAGAAGACCAUAAACAAAACCCUAAUCGUGAUGCUUGCUCUACAAGUUUGUGCAGUGUAGAGUCCAAGAGGCGUGAACAAGUGGUUACCAACAAAAAGGUUAAAAGAAGAGAGCCCGUUGAAGAGAGGGGGAGGACACCUGAAUGGCUGGUUAAAGUGAUGAGAGAAGAGAAUGGUACGGACGUGAAGAUGAUAACGAAGAAGGACCUUGUAUGUAGUGAUCUCAACGAACAUUAUGCACGUCUCUUGAUUCCCUGGAACGGCAUAACGGAUAUGGACUUUAUGAACGAGGAGGAGUUGGGUAUCGUACACCAACAUUACAUAAAAGCGACUAAAAAAGGAUUGGAUAUUACCUUGGUGGAUUUGAAGGGUAAAAGAUGGGGGCUUAACCUCAGGAGAUGGGAUAUGGGGCCCAAUUCCAACUACGUCUUGGCUACAGGGUGGAACAAGGUCGCCGCCGAAAACGAGCUAGAGAUAGGCCAGACGCUUCGGAUUUGGUCUUUCCGUACCUUAGGGAAGAAGGUUGUCGCCGGUGCGGACCGUACCCCAGACAAGCUCUUUAUAGCUUUUGUUCCUCUGGAUCCAGCUCCGGCUCUGUCUCUGGUUAGGGAUCCAGCUCCAUCUUCACCUCGGGCUCAAGCUGAGGCUCAAGAAGAGAGUGACAGAGUAUUUCCAGUUCCAUAUUAUAACUGGGAGGACCCAAAUAUAUUGGCUGAAGUGUGCGAGAGGACGACUCGUCUCGAGGCUUUACAAGAGGCAGAUAGGAGAAGCUCACUGGUCCCCGUCACAGAGCUUGACCUCGAGCUCCGGUUGUAA